AUGGAGAAUUUCUUGAGGGAAUGGAGGCAAGAUGCCCUCAACAAGGCGCAAUAUGAGUCGGCCAUAUUUAUCGGCGACAAGCUACUUGCACUGACCAAUGACGAUCAAGAUGCCUUCUGGCUCGCCCAAGUCCACUUCGCGACAGGAAACUACACGCGCGCCCAAGCAUUUCUCUCCAGCCAAGACCUCAUCGCCAGAAACCCAUCAUGUCGCUAUCUCGCCGGUCACUGCCUUAUAAAACAGUCCCGCUUCGACGAAGCUCUUUCUAUUCUCGGCGAUCGUAACCCAACGCAUCUUAUAACCAAUGGCGCGAGUAGCAAGCGCAAGACUCAGCCACGCCACGGACGACGUCGCGAUCCAGCUGCUGAGGAGGAGGCUGCCAAUAGGAGAUAUGAAGCUGCUAUGUGUUUUCUGCGUGGCAUCUGCUACGCUAAACAGAAUGCUUUUGAUCGCGCAAAGGAGUGUUACAAAGACGCUGUGCGAAUCGAUGUCCAGUGCUUUGAGGCGUUCCAGCAACUGAUGAGCAAUUCGUUAUUGUCGCCUGACGAAGAGUGGCAGUUCCUUGAGAGCUUGGACUUUGAUUCCAUUCAUGUCUCUGGAGAUGUCUCGUCUUCUCAGCAGGCUGCCGACUUUACUAAGAUGCUUUACACGACGCGACUGUCCAAAUACCGCAAUCCUGCAGCCUUUGAGACAGCAUACGAUUCUCUCUCGACACAUUACCACCUUGCAUCAAAUCCAGACCUACAGCUUGCUCGUGCAGAUCUUCUCUAUACGCAAUGUCGGUACCGGGACGCUCUGAAUAUCACAAAUGGGAUCCUACAGGAAGACAAGUACAACUUCAGCGUGUACCCGGUCCAUCUGGCCUGUUUGUUUGAGCUGAAAGAGAAGAACCUCCUUUUCUUGAUUGCCCACGACCUGGCUGAUAGUCACCCUGAAGAACCAUGUUCAUGGCUCGCAGUUGGUAUUUACUACUUUUCGAUUGGCAAAAUCCCUGAGGCACGACGAUAUUUCAGCAAAGCGAGUAUGAUGGACGCACAUUUUGGACCGGCAUGGAUUGGAUUUGCACACACUUUUGCGGCCGAGGGCGAACACGACCAAGCAAUUUCGGCCUACUCAACGGCAGCGAGAUUGUUCAUGGGAACACAUUUGCCGCAAGUGUUUUUGGGCAUGCAAAAUCACGCUCUCAACAACAUGACGCUUGCGGAGGAGUUUUUGAAAACAGCCUAUGGCCUUUGCAAAACAGACCCCUUACUCUUGAAUGAAAUGGGCAUCGUGAAAUACCACCAAGACAAACCCAAGGAGGCAGCACAGUACUUUACAGCAGCGCUUAAGAUCGCUGAUGAUAUGGAUAGCGACCCUUCGGCUUGGUUGGCUACGAGAACAAAUCUUGGACACGCUUUCAGAAGGCUGAGGCACUUUAAUCGAGCGCUCGCCGAGUUUGACGAGGUGCUAAGACAGGGAGGCAAGGAUGCGGCCAUCUUCAGCGCGAAGGGGCUGAUUCUCAUGGAACAGAGUAAGCCUGACGAGGCAGUGGUCGUUCUCCAUGAAGCGCUGGCGAUAAAUCCUCAGGACAGCAUCGCAACAGAGUUAUUGAACAAAGCGCUAGAAGAGACGGCAUUGAUUGAUGGCGCGGCAGAGUCUGAAGCUGAGGAUCUCCUGGACUUUGAGCGCACGUUGGGACAACGGAAGCAUGAUGCAGCCGUCAAGGUCAACGGGAGUCGAAAAACACCAGGGAGACCGGAGAAGGGUAAGGGGAGAUUGAGACGAACGAGACGAAUGACGGUUUUGGAGGACGAGGACGGUUCGCCUGAGAAGGAGGGUAGUAUGAUGGAGAUGAGCGAUGAUGAAUAAGGAUACCAGAGAGUAGACUCAGAAGGCAUAGCAAGCAUAGCAUUGGGAUGGGGAGAUUAUCAUAUGAUUGGGAUAGGUCUAGGCGUUGGUGGUAUGAGAUGCAUUGGGGAACAUGACAUGGUUUUGAGUUAGUGAGUGUAUGAGCAUAAUACUCUGUCUCCUCCGUUUGAGAAGCG